AUAUCAAAGACAUUAGAACUGGAUUUUUGGUGACAGAAAUGUCCACAAAAUUUAAGACCACACAAUGUAAUAGACAGUGCAGUGAUAUAACCAAACUAUCAAACAUGGGUUUCAUCAUUGGAUACACCGAUACUGAUAAGAGUCAACAUUACGUCUCAUUUCGUUACGACUCAAACGGACAAACUCUGCUACCGGUGCUCAACGAUACCGAUAUGCCAUUCCAUAUGAAAACAACGGGCGUAAUAUCGGAUGAUGGCAUAUGGGUGCCAGGAGAGCAAACACUUUAUAUGAAUUCACUCUUUGAUUGGUCGCGACGAUGGACUAGAUAUCGACCGAAAAGAGUUGAGUACUUUUUGGGCACAAAAAUUGUUGGUUUAUUUGAGGUCCACAAAGAGGUGUAUGCGAUGACUGCCAACAAUGAAGUCGAGAAAUACGACCGAAUGUUCGGUACCAAAAACAAAAGGGCCAGUGAACCAAGAUUAGCACUGGUUCUUGGAGACAGAAAUGUCCACAGAAUUUACGAUAAUAAGGCACACAGUAAGUGCUUAUCCAGUGCCACUCCAUACAGUGCUCUCAAAGGCAUUGGUAGUGUUGAUUGGGUUGGAUUAGGUGGUGGUCGAUGCGGUCGUUCCCAUUAUUACGGCUCCGCUCACAGGAUAUUAGGUGGUAGAGUAGCACAGACUGGAGAGUUCCCUUGGAUUGUGUCACUACACCGGUCCGGACAGUUCAAGUGCGCCGGGUCCAUCAUCAAUGCCAAUACCGUACUCACGGCUGCACAUUGUGUAUCAGGUGUUAUGGCAUCUGAUGUGACGAUACGAUACAACACUUUAUUUAAUUCAUACAAAGGUUUUAAGAGAAAUGUGACAAAACUUAUAAUUCAUCCAAAAUAUAAUAAUCAGACCAUUGAUAAUGACAUCGCUAUCGUGCGGUUAAGUAAAAAUCUAGUCUUAGGUUUAUGUAAUUCAGGAUCAAUUUGUUUGCCCUCAAAAUCUGACAACAUAUCACCCGGUGAUGUAUUGACAGUCAUGGGAUGGGGUCUAAUUGACACUUCCAAGAGUUCGCCAAUACUAAUGGUUGUGGACAUUCCGAUGAUAUCAUUGAAAAUGUGUCGCAAACAAUAUAAAUAUUUACCAAAAGUGUUUAAAAUUACUGAAAAUAUGAUUUGUGCGGGAUUUACAUCUGGAGGACAGGAUGCUUGCAGUGGCGAUUCUGGUGGACCUCUGGUUAAAAGUUUUGACGGAAAUGUAUUUGUUUUAAUGGGAAUCGUGUCCAAGGGAUUCGGUUGUGGUCUACCAGACAAGGCUGGGGUUUACACUAAAGUAUCUAAUUAUGUCGAUUGGAUCAAUGCAAACUUA